AUGGAGGGAAAGGUGGUAGAGGAUGCUAGUGAAGGAGUACGUACUUUUGGUAAAAAGGGUACUCCUCGGGUAAGUGUCGAGUUCCGUGAUAUGAACACCGGGGUAGUAAAAAAAAGACUCAACAUGGUCAACAUGAGGCUGAUAUGUACUUUUUGUUUCUUCUUUCUCCCCGCAAAUGUUGCCAUACCUCUUCACACACCCAUGAAUAUGACGGUUUUCAACAAACUUCUACUUGGAAAAGUUCGUAUCAAAUCGUAUGAUUUGUUCAACUCUAGUGAUUCAAAUCAUGAAUCUAUAUCUCCUUCACAUAUGAAAUUGGCGAGUUUAAAAGUAAAUGGCGUAUUUUCUGCUCAAUGUGACACUUCUGUAUUAAGGAUCGUGAUUAACAGAGAGCCACAAGGAGAUACCAAACAUCGGGACAGUUAUGGUUUAUGGCUUUUGGUCGAUCGAUGCUUAGAACAACCUGGAAACUCUCAAUGUUACCUAAUUGACAAGAAAUUGAAGACUUUGUAUGACCAGAAAUCAACAGAAGCAUCCCGAAACAUCCUUAUUUCAGAUUUGACACAAGCAUCGGAAGCAAAAAUGGAUGACGAGAUGGUUACACUGCAUAAUGUAAUGCCGGUGGAUCUUGCUAUAAAAAGAGAAAUGGAAUAUCGACAUAAAAUGGAGGCCUUAAAAAACCAGCCACUCAAUAACUUAAAUCCUUUGCUACCUUCCCAAGUUCAUCCCACAAGUCGAACAACAUUAAAGAGAAAAGAGCCAUCUUCAAGUGGCAUAAAACUAAAAAAACAGGCAACCGGGCUUGUUUGCAAGAUUUGUGAGAUAACAUUUUGUACAGUUGGUCAAAUGAAGGAUCAUUCCAAUAGUUUGAAGCACAAACACAUUGUACAACAGUUGAAGAAAAGGGGACAAAAUGUUAGCACUCCAUUUUUAUGUGAGCUUUGUAACUCAUCUUGCUCUAGUGGUAUUGUAAUGGCAGUUCAUCUUAAGGGUACAAAGCAUGCUGCUGUUCUUCAGGAGGUUGAGAAAGCUAAAAGGGCUAGACCCAAAGAGGGAUUUUCUGCAAGAAGGUAUUGAAUGUUUGGUGUAUUGAACAAGAGUAGACUGCAAUGGGAUUGUGUUAUAUAUAUUUGUUAUGAUGUUUGGAAGAAUGAGGGUGAAUGGUAUCGAAUGUUUGUAACUUAUUUAUAUCGCAAUUAAAGAAUAUGUGAGGAAGAUGACUUUGAUCUUAAUACUGCCUAGUUGAGAAGUAAAAUUAUAUAAAGGAGGUC